AUGGGGCCGCGGGCGCUGCCGCUGCUGGAGCCGGGGCGCCGCCCGCAGCCGGCCAAGUGGUACCGGCUGUCACCGCGCGGUGACCGGCCCCGGGGGCGCGUGGGCCACGGCUGCCUCUUCCUGCCGGGCGGCGGGCCCGGCCGCGUCCUCCUCCUGGGCGGCGCCGACCCCGCCGGCGCCUUCGCGGACGCUCACUUCGUGGAGCUGGGCGCGCACCGCUGGGCCGCGGCCGGCUGGAGCGGGCUGCGGCCGCGCUACGAGCACGCUACCUUCCUGCCCGCCGCCGCCCCGCCGCGCCUCUGGGUCUUCGGCGGUGCCCACCCGGCGGGGAACCGGAGCUGCGUCCAGGUGCUGGACCUCGAAAUAGGAACCUGGGAGAGUCCUGAAGUGAGCGGUGUGCAGCCACUGCCUAGGACAUUUCACACCUCCUCAGCAGCUAUAGGAGACUGUCUGUAUGUGUUUGGAGGGGGAGAUAAAGGAGCAGAACCGGUUAAAGACCAGCGGCUUCACGUGUUUGACACAGCCACCUUGACCUGGUCCCAGCCAGACACUCACGGUGAUCCCCCCUCUCCUCGGCAUGGACACGUUGUGGUUGCAGUUGGGACCAAACUCUUCAUCCAUGGAGGUUUAGCUGGUGACGUUUUUUACAAUGAUCUGUUCUGCAUUGAUCUAGAUGACAUGAGAUGGGUUAAGAUACCAGCCACCGGUGAUGUCCCGGGAGGACGGGCAUCCCACUCAUCAGCUGUGUUUAAAGACCACUUGUACAUUUUUGGUGGAAUAGGUCCAGACGGAACACUAAAUACUACGUACAAGUAUCACACAGAGAAGCAGCAGUGGACACUCCUACAGUUUGAUUCCCCUCUGCCCGCCGGGAGGCUGGACCACACCAUGUGCGUUGUUCCCUGGCCGGCUGGUGGGAGCGGAGACACAGGAGCUGUCACCUGGGAGGACAGAGCUGGGAAAGAGUCGACUGUGUCGGCAGGUGACAACGCCGGCCCCCUCCAGAAGAGCCAAGAGGAGGAGGGGCACGCUGAAGACACAGUCGUGCAUCUGCUCUUCGUAUUUGGUGGGAUGGACACACAGGGGGAAAUAUACAGGGACUGCUUUGUCAGUCUGAUCGAAUAGCAGAGCUGCCGUCCCGCACACCCCUGGCCUUUUCUACACAGUUUUUAUAGUAGUCAGGUUAAGUUAAUUCUAAUUUCCAAUAAAGAAAAAAAAAUUACCCUCAAACGGAUGGCGCUGUGCUAGCGCAGCCCUGAGGUACAGGCGCUUUCUCUAUACGCGGUCCUGCUGACAGUCGGUACGGCAUUCCCUGCGGGCAGCUGCCGCAGAAGGGCUUCAGCCGCUGUCACUUGACCACAGGUUGCUGGAACGUGAGAGAGCCCAAAUAGUUCAUGCUGCGUUUGGAUGGCUUUCCAGUGGAAGAAACUCACACACUGUUGGCUACAGCAACACUUCUAUCUGCAAGGCCACACUGUUACCCAGAAACAAAGCUUUUGGGGGAUGAUUGAAUUUUAGCUUCCACUAUUGUAAAAAUGAGGGAAUGAAAACCAGAAAAAAAAAAAAUUGUCCCCCACACCAGGGAAAACGUGAAGUGCCAAGGGGUUUUAAGGAGGUGUGAGAGCAGGCACCACAAAAGCUCCUUCUGUACUCAGUUCAAUUUCUUAUCUAAUCCCAUGGAUGGGAUAAGGAUCACAGUUAAAUAAAAAGAUUGAGUUCCAAUUAGGCUUUUUUUUUUUAAAACCAUUUAUUACGUGCAGACUGGUUUUCAGUCUUCAGAAAACUGGUCCAUUGUCUCAUGCAAGACAAAUAAAGCUCUUAAAAUUAUUUUUAAUACUGCAGGAAAUUCUAUUUGUAGUUAAGCUAGUCUCC